AUGUCUACUGACGACUCUACCCCAGAGAUGGCAACCGCGGUGCCUGAGGUACAGGGAGCUACUCCAGUAGCUGAGGCGCCAGAGUCUGAAACAGGCGCGGCCGCCAAGGGAUCCGAGUUGACGAACCUGCUAAAUGCAGAACCGAAAGAUUCGAAUAAUACUAUGCAAGAGGCUCUGCAAAAGCACGACCAGCCGAUCAGGGUUACCACCCCCCCUCUUCAAACCACCAAAGAGCUGUCACAGAGUGACGACCCUAUGUCAGCCUCGGCCAUCACCAUUAAACCCUCGAACCACCCACAUGCGCAGGAUAAUGGCACCCAAUAUCUUACACCGCAGCCGUCCAGUUAUGUUGAUCCAACCCCACCGACUCCUAUGACUUCCAAUCCACCAUCUAGAUCUCCUUCCGCUACCGCUAGAUCCACCAACUCCGACGAUGCGUCUCCCUCAAGGCACACUUCAGACCGCGAGAGCAAGCAACCUCUCAGCGAUGACGAACAUGAGCCGACUUCCCAAUCUGAAAUUCAGAAUAUCAUGGCUCAGUUCAAUGAGUUUGGUGGUGGGCCUGGCGCGGACGAGGUAAUGAGCCCAAGACUGGAGAUUGCGUCACCAAUGUUGAAUGGCCCGGUACAGCAUCCGCCGAGAAAGUCAAGCCUAACUCCGCCUGGACCAUCUAUAACAGAGAAAAUAAACCAAGACGUAAAUGCUCUGAGGAUAUCUACAGAUGUCCCUACUUCUCAAGAGGCAGCUGAAAGUCUUGCAGCACCCCCAGUUCCGCCCAAAGACGGUACCCUUGGCACACCGCCGCGGCGUAAAGAUCAACGUGACGGCUCUUUGAAAUCGCCGACCUCUUCUCAUUCAUUGCAACGCCCACCGCCACCAGAACCUGAGCCCGAACCGGCCCUACCGUUUGAUUUCCAUCGCUUCUUGGAGCAAUUGCGGAACAAAAAGGCAGAUCCCGUAGCUCGAUACUUGAAAUCGUUUCUGAACGAAUUUGGCAAACGGCAAUGGAUGGUACAUGAACAAGUCAAGAUCAUCGGUGAUUUUCUCGCCUUUAUUGCUAAUAAGAUGAUGCAUUGCGACGUAUGGAUCGAUGUGUCUGACGCUGAGUUUGAUAAUGCUAGAGAAGGCAUGGAGAAACUUGUCAUGAACCGGUUAUAUUCGCAAACGUUUUCACCUGCCAUCCCAGCCCCAAAGCCCGUUCCUGGAGCGAAGCCACGGAAAAGAGGGGGGGAUCCGCCAUUUGGCCCUGGCAGACGAGGCCAGCACCAAGAAGAUGUGGAACGGGACGACAUCGUGUCUCAAAAGAUUAACAUCUACGGGUGGAUCAAGGAAGAACAUCUGGAUAUACCUCCUGUUGGUGACAGUGGACGCCGGUUCUUGAAACUGGCCCAACAAGAACUCUUAAAAAUCAAGUCUUACCGAGCCCCUCGUGACAAGAUCAUUUGCGUUUUGAACUGCUGCAAGGUCAUCUUUGGGCUUCUUAAACAUAACAAAUCCGAUUCUUCGGCAGACUCAUUUAUGCCGCUUCUUAUAUACGUAGUGUUGCAGUGUAACCCCGAACACCUGGUAUCAAACGUCCAAUACAUUCUGCGCUUCCGCAACCAAGACAAACUGGGCGGCGAAGCGGGUUACUAUUUAUCCUCUCUGAUGGGUGCUGUCCAAUUUAUUGAGAAUAUGGAUCGCACAUCACUGACCAUCACGGACGAGGACUUUGAGAAGAACGUGGAGGCUGCUGUCUCAGCAAUUGCUGAGAAGCACCAGGCUCUUUCACCGAUCAUCAGACAAGCAUCUUCGUCUUUCAGUGAAAAACCUCAACACCACUCUCAACCAACGACUGCAGGUUCUAGUGAAGGGAUGAGUUCAUCUCCAAACGCGACGAAAGAGCAUGAGAGUGAUAUAACUGCACCCAUAACAGGUCUUUUACGUACAAUUCAACGGCCUCUCACUACUAUCGGUCGUAUCUUUGCGGAAGAUGUGUCCUCUCCAGCUCCCGGUCUCGCCCCAAGUGCACCGAUUUACAACCAAGCACAAGCCGCUCAGGAUGUCAACCCAGAGCCAGUGCGUGAUUCUGCUCGAAGGGUGUCGAACGCAUCAAAACAUUCGCUAUCGGCUGAGGAAGCGGCCGCGAGACAAGCAAGUGCGGAAACGGCCGAAGCCCAGCGUCUGCAGCGAGCCGAGCACUCCAAUGUUGUCGAGACACUGGCUGGAAUGUUUCCAGACUUGGAUAAAGACGUCAUCAGUGAUGUUGUUUAUGAAAAGGAAGGACGUGUUGGGUUGGCAGUUGAUGCGUGCCUAGCACUGUCUACAUAG